ACAUUUCAAAACCCUAAUCCGGAGCGCAUCCUCUCCCACCGACCGACGACGCACCGAAAAUGGUGAAGUUCCUGAAGCCAAACAAGGCGGUGAUUCUCCUCCAGGGGCGAUUUGCCGGGCACAAGGCCACAAUCGUGAAGAAUUUUGAUGACGGCACGAGGGACAGGGCGUACGGACACUGCCUUGUGGCCGGCGUUGCCAAGUACCCUAGCAAGGUGAUCCGCAAGGAUUCCGCCAAGAAGCAGGCGAAGAAAUCGCGCGUCAAGGCGUUCAUUAAGGUUGUCAACUACAACCACAUCAUGCCGACACGCUACACGCUCGAUGUCGAUCUCAAGGAUGUCGUGUCCGGCGACGCGUUGGUGUCUCGUGACAAGAAAGUGACUGCUUGCAAGGAGAUCAAGGCCAGAUUCGAGGAGCGGUUCAAGACUGGGAAGAACCGUUGGUUUUUCUCGAAGCUCAGGUUCUGAGGUGAAAAUCUCUUCGGUACGUUUUGUCCGACUUGUUUUUGUUAGCUUUUGUUCUUAUUUUUCAGAUGAUUUUGCUACUCGUUAUGGAUUAUAUCUAUCUGAAUUCUGUUUGAACUUGAUAUGGAUUGUGUUCUGAUUUCCUUAUUUAUUGUUCUACAGUUGAAAUUUUCGGCAUGUUGCUCAUGAAAUAGAAUCUAUUUAUCUUCGUUUUCA